UUACAUGUUCAGGAUUUGCACUAUUCUCUCCAGGAGUUGUUAAAAAGUCAUCAAGAAAGUCUUAAGAUGCAGAAGGAGGUGGUGAAAGACAGACAGAAGAACCUGGCUGCAAAACAGUCUGAAAUCAGUAGAAAGUCUUCUGUGAUAAAGGAGAGCAUAAUAAGAAAGCAUCUGGAGAUACAAGACCUCCUUGACCGGAACCUGAGGACCACGCUGUCGCACCUGGAGGUUGAGGAACAAGCUGCUGUCUCAGCUCUAGAUUGGCUAAUGGAGAAGGACUUACCUCUGAUACAGGAGAUUGAACAACAACUGGCUGCAAUCACAGUGACACUGGACCACAUGGACACUGGUGAUUAUGUAAUGUCAGACCACCAAGGUGCAGGGAUGAUAGACAGAGUUUCAAGUUUGCUCGAUCGCUCAGAGAGUUGCAACGUAAGCUUGGACGACGCCAAAACUAAGCAGAUUCUAAGCCACACUGACAACAUGCUUCUGCUCGUCUCCUCCCUCACUCCUACGAUGAAGAAUCUUGUGAAAAGUUAUUCCAGUGACGUGUGCUUGGAUCCUGACACAGCCCAUCCUAAUCUUCUCAUCUCUCCUAAAGGCAACAGUGUCACCUACACAGACACAUGGAAGGAGCUUCCUGACAGCCCUUCACGCUUUGACGCCACUCUGAAUGUCAUCAGCUUGCAAAGCUUCAGCUUCGGCCGUCAUUACUGGGAGAUGGACGUCACUGGCAAGACAUACUGGGAGCUCGGUGUCACUUAUCCCAGUAUUCAAAGGAAGGGGGUCGCUGAGAACUGCUGGCUGGGUCGAGGAGAUGAGUCGUGGUGUGUGGAGUUUUUUAACGGGGAGUACACAGCAUGGCACCGAGGGGUGCCGCGUCAGCUGCUUGUCACAAAACAGUUUUGUCGGAUUGGAAUAUUUUGUAAUUUCCUAGCUGGGACGGUGAUGUUUCUGGGCGCGGAUGAUAUGUCACCGCUAUUCUGCUUCUGUGCAGGGAGCUUCUCUGACAGCCUCCACCUGGCCUUGUGUCCAGGCCACUCCCACAAUGGAACAAAUGCAAAACCUAUUGUAAUCUGCAGUGCAACAUCUCCAUCUCCGCUUGUUUAA